AGCAAAUAUUUCUAAGAGCAUAUGUCAGAAUUAUCGUGUUGCUCAGAGUAGUAUACACGUAACUAAGCCAAACAAAUAGUUCACUACACACUCUCACUAUUGUUUAUAUUCAAUACGUGAACGUAGAAGUAUUUAUACGCUUUUUGUGCUUGAUAUUGGUUGCGAAAUAAUACAGAACGUAAUUGUCAAUCCAACGUCCAUUUAAAACUCAAAUUAACACUUUCGGAAAACUGCUAACGUUCAAAUUCCCAAUCAUAACAACUCGAUAAAGGAAGAAAUAUUUUAAUACAUACAUAUAAUUUAAAGCAAAUUGUCAGAUUUCCAACUUGUUAAUCCAUACAUGCAUAUGUAUGUGUGUAUAUGGUAACCGUAUUAUGCAAAACAACCAGCUAACGGUAUGAGGCUUUCGUGAAAUCCAGAUGAUUUGAACCAAGAUAAAAUACCGCUCAACCGUUGUAGUUAGGUGAAAAAUCAAUAUUAGAAAAACUUAAUGUGUAGCACAUCCCAUAAAUUCCAUAGAUAUUUAAAAUAAAUGAGUGUUGUCAAAUAAUCAGAACAUAACAACCGUUGGAUGGCACCUUGGAACUGGAGAAACCCUUGCACAUCAGCAUCAACUGACAGUGAUGACUCGAAUCAAACACCACCGCCUAGACGUAAACAUAAGGAAAAUGAGUUGAACAAAAGUUCUUUACAUUCUGAAAAUGGCGGUAAAAUGUACAGUAAUUUUACAAAUAACAUUUAUCAAAAUCCAAAAACAAACGCAACAACCAAAUUCACAACGCCGAUAUUAUUCUCAACAAAUCGUGGUCUUCACUUACGUGUUGCGAAACCCAUCUCCAAAUCCAAUGUAGAUUCUGCGGCCAGUGUGUAUGGAAACUUUGCUGGUGCUAAGGGCGGGGAUUUGCCUAGCGGAGUUGAUGAUAUAAGUUUAUCCGCAAGCAGUGAUUAUGAAAUAAAUUUCUGUGAUUUGGAACGUUGGAGCACAAAUCGCGCCAACACAAUUUGCUUGGAGGACACCUUUAUAGUGUCUAGACGCAACAACAGUCUGCCCAGUCCUAAUUUAUCACCAGUGGACAACAAUUGCGGCAUUAAUAGAAAGAUGCAGCGCAGUGGAAGCAUAUUUUGUGUGCCUAGCGGCAGUCGGCACGCACUCGUAAUGCCGCAGAGAAGCCUUUAUCAACGAAGCACAAGUAUACAAAGCAGCUUUGAACGCUUUGGCCUCCAAUAAAGCGAUUUUAAAGUAGUAAACUAGUUACUGAAACUUGUAAAUUCAUAUUCAAGUUUUCUUUUUUUUUCAAUUUUGCAUAAUAAAUAAAUAAUU